AUGGCUGAUCCACUGCAGUCUGAACCGGCCACGGCGUCAAUUAGCCGCUCGAGUAUUCGCCGUAACAAGAAGAGGUCUUGUGUUGCCUAUCUUCAACAAUUGCAGAACGCCCGUGAACAUGCCGAUCAAGCAACCGCGGGCAUGGAUGACUCCAGCAUCCACGUCGUGGUGAGCAACAGUCGCCCUACUAGUCCCGAGGAGCGGCCCGCGAGUCAUUCACCCCACGAUGCAACUGCCCAGCCUUCCACGUCGUCUGCUACACCAGGGCCAGCUCACACAGCCAGCCAUCUGUCUUCUCCUUCGCAUCGGCGCAUGCCCAAUGUUGGCAAAGGAGGGAGCGAUCCCAUUCGCACGCCGGGCCAUGAUAUUUCCAAGCACCAAGCCGUGGAGAAACAGGAUUUCGUAGGCGAGUUGACUUGCUCCGCCUUUGGUGAACGCAUACUGCAGUAUCUUGAUCCGGAGGCGGCGAACCCGCCCUUGCCCGUGGUUUCCAGAUUUGUACGCAACGCCGCCUUUUCACGACAGAUGAACGUCGUCGCCAACUGCAGGUUUCCCGACCGCAUCCGCGCGACCUUGCUGGUGCGCGUGGCGACCCGGUUCGUGGGGCAGGACUAUCACAUGUUCAUGCAGCAGGACUUCCUGCACCGCCUGGACAAGAUGUACGCAUCAGCAUCAGGCCAGGAACGGGAGAACGAUAGUGUUUGGGUUUGCAAGUUCUUCGUCAUCCUGGCGCUGGGCGAGCUGUAUUCCACGACGCUGGGCGCGGCCAAAGACCCAAAGCCCUCAACAGUGGCCGGGACCGAGUACUUUCUGACCGCCGUAGGGCUCUUACAAGACUUGUUCGAGGAGCCUUCCAUUGAACAAAUUGAGACGCUCGUCCUUUUCUCUUUCUACUCGAACGCGCUCGGCCGUGUCAAGUCUGCGCACAUGUACAGCGGCAUGGCUCUGCGCUCGAGCACUGUCCUUGGGCUCCACCGCGAAAGCCCAGAUGAGGCGGCCAAGCUCUCGUCCAUAGAGCGGGAGCACCGCCGUCGGCUGUGGUGGACGGUCUACAUCUUUGACCGGUCGACGUGCUCCAAGCUCGGCCAGCCCAUCAGUAUCCAGGACUCGGACAUUAGUGUCGCCAUGCCCUCGACGGACGGCCUGACACCGCGAGAUCAAAAGACGCUGGGGGAUUCUGCGGACCACCUCAUUGCGUACAUCAACCUGGCGCAGAUCACGGGCUACAUCAUGAAGGACAUCCACCUGCCCUCGCCCAAGGCCAACGGCGAGACAUAUCUGAAGAACGUCCGCUCUAUCCUGCAAAGGCUCAGGAAAUGGGACAGCCAUGUUCCCGCUCGGCUCCGGUGGGACCCUGCCGGCGGUGUGCCUCGAUCAGUCGCGUCUCUGCAGCUGCACUUCAACCAGUGCAUCAUCCUCACGACGCGGCCCGUCCUGCUGCACCUCUUCAAGCUCAAGAACCCAUUCUCGAGCGCCGGCCCUGGUCUUCAGGGGCAUGAUCAUGGUCGUAGCAGCAGCAGCAGCAGCAGCAGCAAUGGCAGCAACGGCGACUUUUCCACGCCGCCAAUCUCCGAUACGGUCAGGUCGCUGGCGGACUCGUGCGUGGCCGCGGCCCGGACGUCCAACGCCAUCAUUGUGCAGCUCUUUGUCGAGAACGCGCUCGCCACCUGCGGCUACUUUGACGCCCACCACCUGUUUGCCUCGACGCUUGUGCUCAUCCUGUCGGCCAUCUCGUCACCCAACGCGAGCGACUCGGACGCCGUACAGACAGCGUUCCAGCUGCUCAUGAUGAUGCGCGACAACGGCAACGCGAUUGCGGGAGAGUACUUUGCCCGGCUGCUGCAGAUCCAGUGGACCGUCAAUCGGCUGUUCACGCAGGCCACCAUCGCGGCGGCGGGUCAAUCGACAGCAGUGCCUGCCAUGGAUGGGGUAGCGGAUUUGGGAGGCGAGGGCGGAUCGCAGGGAGGAGGAGGAGGAGGAGGAGCAAGGGAGGAUAGUAGUGGCGACAGUGGUUAUGAGAAUGUCCCAAAUAACUUGGACUCGCUCAGCAUGGCUUCCAUUGGCGUGCCCACCGCAGAUGAGUACGACUGGGGCAAGUUUGUGAUCCCUCCCUUCUCGUACGGCACCUUUGAGGAAGCAAACGGCGACGUGAGCGUCGAUCCGUUGGACAACCCACUCUUACAAGCCUUCCUCGACCAUGCUGACAGCAGUCCAAACGAGAGCCAUUCGAUGAGCGCGGUGCAUAUGGGAUCAGCACUGUAGAGAACUGGAGAGCAGCCAGUGGAGGUUGUAUUGCAUGCAAGAAUCUGUAGUACCGUAUUUCUAAAUAAUGAUAUUGAC